GUAGCAUGAUCGUCCAACGCGUCCGAUCGAGGUAGAUUAUACAGACUUGUUAUCAAAUGCUUGCUUGAUUAUAAAAGUCACACGUGUUAUUUUUGACAUUUUGUAGUUGAUUUUUUUAUGAUUCAGAUUAAAAUUCCAGCAUGGGAGAUGAUGACAGCGUCAUACCCAAGCUGUGUAAUAUGAAGGCGCUGUUAGGGAUAGUUGUCGGAGCCGGAGCUUCCUAUGGGAUAUAUAAACUUGUUGUGAGCGGUAAGAGUCGUGAUAAUCGUGCGAAGAAGCCCAAAAAUGACCAUGCCGUGAGUGAAGACGAUCCCGAAGCGAAGGCUUCCAGCGGCAGCGGGGCGGUUCUGCAGCCGGGGACGCUGCUGGCCAAGGUUUCGGGGCUAACGCUAGUGCAUCCCAGCGAGAAUCAGGCCGCGGAUGUCCCUUCAGGAGAAGUCUUAUCUAAAUCUCCGGGCAGCCUGGAACCUCAGCACCUGCAGAUGCUCGUGUCGCUGCUGCACACCAGCCCCUCCGACAGGGUUCAGGUGUUGGUCACCCUUGGCAACGCUGCUGCCUUCUCCAUCAACCAGGAGCUUAUUCGUGAAUUUGGUGGCCUUCACAUCAUCGCCAGUUUGCUGUCGGAUCCUAGCCCUGAUGUCAGAGUGCAGUGUUUGAACGCUCUGAAUAAUCUGAGCAUGAAUGUCAGAAACCAAGAGCAACUGAAGGUGUAUGUGCCACAGGUUUUGGAGUUGAUAGAAAUGUCUCCAGUGAACUCUGACCUUCAGUUGGCAUCCCUAAGAUUACUGACCAACCUGUCUGUCACAAAUGACCACCAGCACCUGAUGAAGAAUUCAAUCACCUUGUUUUUGUCCUUGCUGGUUGUAAGCAAUGAAACAUUGCAGACUCAGGUUUUAAAGGUACUUGUGAACUUAUCUGCCAACCCAGAUAUGAUAGAAGACAUUGUGCAAGCCCAGGCCCCGGCCUCCCUGGUACUGCUGUUCGACGGCUGCACCACCCCGCCGGUGCUCCUGCGGCUGCUGACCUUCGUGGGGAACCUGCGGAGCUGGACGCCCUCGGCCCAUGUGGCCGAGGCGCUGCAACGCAGCAAGGACUCGCUGUACUGCGUGCUGCUCGGCCCCUCCUCCCAGCUCCGCCACCGGCUGCCGCUGCUGCUCACCCACCCCGACGCACAGGUCAGCGCCCAGGUGGCCCGCCUCCUCACCUAGACCGUGCCUAACCCCGCCUUCAGCAGGAGGCCUGCCCAGGUUGACCUCCUUUCCCUCCGUCGGGCUCGCAGAGACCUUCAGACAGACAGUAGCAAGCGAACUCCGUGCGGGGGUCUCUCACUCCCGAGGACCCCUGCAGAGAGGUCCAGUGGGGAGUUUUGUUUCAGAAGUGACCACUGACUCACUGCUGAGGCGUAAAGCCAAGCGCACAGCUGCAGUUGUGUUGCUGUAGUGUACGCAUUAGGGCUAGCUAGAGGGUGUACUGGUCACGCAGGUGCGGACGGGGAAAGCCACUUGCAUGCCUUCAGUUGCCGUGGCACCAGGUGCACAGAGUGUAGACUACAGCAGUCUAACUGUAUUCUCAGGCUGGUUUACCUGAUCAGAGAUGCCAAGACCGAUAACGUGCAAUGCUGGAUGUGUUGUGUCCUCGUAACUCAUUUAAAGUAGGAACACCAGAAAGAUUUCUUUUAAUGGAUUGAUCAUGUAGUAGCUAUUGUCUACGUGUCUU